AUCCAUUUAGGUAUUACCACUCCGCUAACUUUGACUCGACGUUACUUAAGUGCAACAUUAUUAUGGCGGCCAGUCUCGCCGGCAGUUUCACGCCUCACGAUCGCCGUAUUCUGACAGCUGUCAACACCGGAGCAUCCAUUUUGUCUUUCGUCGGCUCAAGUUUCAUUGUCCUUUGCUACUGUUUCUUCAAAGAGCUUCGCAAGUUUUCCUUCAAGCUCGUCUUCUACCUCGCUCUCUCUGACAUGCUUUGCAGUUUCUUCAGCAUAGUAGGGGAUCCGUCAAAAGGAAUUUUUUGUUCAGCUCAGGGAUAUAGCACACAUUUCUUUUGUGUGGCUUCUAUCCUUUGGACUACUGUCAUUGCCUUUACUCUUCAUCGUACUGUCGUUAGACACAAAACCGAUGUUGAAGAUUUAGAAGCCAUUUUUCACUUGUAUGUUUGGGGAGCGUCACUGGUUAUGACUGUCAUACGCUCUUUUGGUAACGACCGGAGACAUUUAGGUGUACUGUGCUGGACACAAACUGGGCGCACUGGAAAGGCAGUUCACUUUAUAACUUUUUAUGCACCGCUCUGGGGUGCUAUUCUGUACAAUGCUUUUACAUACUUUCAAGUGAUACGCAUGUUGAACAACGUAACACGUGUAUGUAUUCAAAUGGCGGUGGGCAUGUCAGAUCGAGCAUAUCAGUUUGAUAUGAAGGCUUUGAACCGGUGGGGAUAUUAUCCACUCAUUUUAAUAGGAUCAUGGGCAUUUGGCACAAUCAACCGGAUUCAUGAUUUCAUUGAGCUAGGCCACAAAAUAUUUUGGCUUACAUUUCUUGAUGUUGGGACAGCUGCCCUCAUGGGCCUGUUUAACUCAAUAGCAUACGGGCUUAAUGCUUCGGUGAGGCGGGCAAUAUGUGAAAGAUUGGAUUUGUUCUGGCCUGACAGAUUUAGAAGAUGGUUACCUAAUUGUUCUAGGCUUAGAAAUCCACAGCAAGAAAGUGAAUUAGUCUCUUUGAAGAUUCAAGAUCAGCAAUAGCAGUUUGGGUGUUGAAUUUGAUUCCUUUAGCAAGAGCUAAAUUUUCUUUGCCAAAUUCUUUCAAAAAAGUUUCAAUGGGGGGAUGAUGGCAUUGAGAAACACAAGUGAUACUACACAACACAUUCAUUCUGAGUCCAUAGAAUAUGGUUGUUUGAUGUUUAGAGAUGUGAUUCAUGUAAGGUGUUUGGCUUUUGCUUUUUGAAACUGAUUUGAUGGGCUAUUUUCAAGUGGGCACUUGGUGGAGAACCCUGCUGCAACACCACCAACAACUUGGAAGUUGUAUAUUUCUCUUGUAGAAAAUGGUUUUUAAUGCUCCGAAGAGACCCAUUUGCUAUGUAGACAAGGAUUUGUGGAUUUGCCCCGUAUUGUAUAUUAUUUCUAACAUUAUGAAGAUUAUGUUCGCAAUUUUCUUUUAGAAAUGUAAUUUGUAUUUGUUGUUUCA